UAUGAGAUUAUCCGAAAUCCAGACAUAAAAAAUGUAUCCGUUGGCCCGCCCGUGUUCUACGGACCAGAAUUUUUCAACACUACCUGGAGCAACAGCAGCAUUGGCUUCAACCUCACGCCUUCCAUCUUGUCCCAAGUGACUAAGACAGCCCUACAUGGUCUCACCUCUGAUCUUCGCCUUCCACGGAUUUCACUGCUGAUGGACAGUAACUCUGUUAACUUGGCUGAUCCCUUCACAGAAAAGCAACCUUUCAGCUUCCUGCAGACGACCACGGGUAGAUUCAUGGUUCACUACACCAGCCAGUACGGAACAGCCAACGCCGCGAUCAGCGCGUUGUUGCUAGAUCUGCCAAAUCUUAUAAUUUUUCACGUUAAGGAAAUUGACAAACUGCAAGAGCUCUUAAAUGUGGCCGAAAGAAUGAAUGUACUCAUGCCGCCCACACGCUGGCUAAUUUUAAAUGGGGUAAGUUAUUCUUUGGAUGUUAAGUACUUCAACGAGAAUUACUAA